UACAUUGGCAGAUUGGUGCAGACGAAAAGAAAUACAACGGACCGAAAUUGCCGCCAGACGAAUUGGUCCUUUAUCAAAUCGCCAAUGGAUUGGAUUACAUCCACUCGAGAGAUUUGGUGCAUCGCGAUAUUAAACCGGAAAACAUCCUCAUUUCAAUGACGACGCCCGUUCAGAUGAAAGUCUCUGAUUUGUCGUUUGUUAAGAAAACACGGGACGAUAUUUUUUCGCAGAGUAAAAUCAGAGGAACUCUUCAGUGGAUGGCACCUGAGAGACUUAAGGUUUUAACUGACAAUGAAAACAAGUCUGCCGAGCUCCCAGAUGGAACAAUCAAAAGUGACACGUUUUCAUCCGGAUGUGUUUUUUUCUAUUUCCUGACGCGUGGUAAACAUCCAUUUGGGAAAAACCAAGCCACUGUCCCUGCCAAUAUUUUGAAAAACAAACAGGAGGAACUCGUCAGCUACAAGCAAAAUUUGGUGGCAGAUGACGUAAACGGAAGAAUCCUUGCUGGUUUGAUUGAGAAAAUGAUUCAAUUUAAAGAAGAAGAAAGAAUCGGAUCGCCUGAGGUCAUCAAACAACUCGCCGCAUUGUACGGAAUGGACAAAGGCAAAUGUCAAUUGAGCCUCGUUGAUGUGUCAUUCAGUAUAGAUUACAAAAUGAGUUCCCACCCCACUGAACCGAUUCUUGCAUGUGCCAAUAAGGAAAAGUUAACAUUUUACACUGCCGAAAAUUUGGCUAUUCCGUUUUCCAAUUGGAGAAAGAAGAAAGAAGUCACAUUCACAUUUCAACAUCUAAACUUUAAGGGAGUUUGGUCGCUUGAUUGGAAUAUUAACGGGACACAACUAGCUGCUGGAUUUCGUGACGAUACUCUCGUCGUAUGGAGUUACCCAAAGUGCGAAAUCCUCUUUCAAAAGAAAUUUCCGAUAUUAAUCACUAAAAUAAAUUGGAAUCCAACCAGGUCCAACUUAUUUGCUGCUAAUAAUGAGGUAAGUUACAAUGUCGAUUUUGAUUGGCCCAUCAACAAACUUGGGUUCAUCUUCAUGUCAGUUAUCUGUCCUUUACUUUAUUUAUUUAUUUUUUGCGAAAUGCUUAAAAUUUACUUGACGACGCCAUUCAAAAAGAGUUGAAGUUUAUUGGAUACUUUUAUUAACAUCGUCGCUAUUCUGAUUGCGUCAAAAAGAAACUGUUACAGUCAAAGUAUUUAGAUUUGAUGUUUGAAAUUAACGAUUCAUUCCUCAAAUUCAAAAUUGAAUUCUCCAUUUACGUAAAGUGAACGUGCGGAGAUGUCAGUUCAGCAAAGUCAAAACUGCGCCUUUUUAUGCCCAUUAUUCGUCAAUUUAUUUUUACGUUUGGCCAAUUUAUUUUCUUUUUCUUCACCAUUCUUCAUCCAGUUUGGUGGUAAAGUUUUCGUAUGUGAUUCAUCCAUUGGCGACGUGAUCACCACAAUUGACUGUGAAAACAGGGCUGUGAAGUGGAUCUCUGAAAAUCGAAUCGCCGUCUCUUCUUUUUAUGGAAAGAUCAAAAUUUUUGAAAUGGAGGAAAACAAUUUGACAACAACUCGACUCGUGAAAGAAUUCACACAUGGAGAACGUUGUUAUUGUCUGGAAUGGAAUGGAAGGACUCAAUAUUUGGCCAGUUUUGGUGAUAAGGGGAUCAAGGUUUGGUCUAUGGACCACGACAAGCCAAUUUAUAGCCUGGAGUUAGAAGAAUAUCGAAGUGAAUUUGCUUGGCGCUUGUGCACAGGAAAUGGGGAAGAAAUGGGCGGAAUCGAAAUGGCAAGGAAAUCAGCCAAAAACUUCACUUUUGCUUAUGGUUCGAUGGAAGGCGUUUUUAUUUGGAAUCCUCUGGAAAGCGAACAACAGCCACGACGUCUUUCCGAUGAGAAAAAGAUAAAAACGGUCACCUUUUCAUCGGACGGUCGAUUUCUUGCAGCCGGGGGCAAAAAGAAAUUAUUGAUUUGGUCAGCGGAGGACUGGGUACAAAUAUACAAAGUCAACAUGGAUAUGGAAUUUGGCCCAAGGAAUAUGUCAUGUUUUACCACAAAAUCUACAAACCUUUACGAGAAUAGACUUAUAGUCAAUUAUAAGAUUGUGGGCAGCAGCUUAUUUGAAUUCGCGUUCGAAGAACGAAGACGACGAUGACGAAGACGUUAGUCCUACAAAACGCCUAAAGGGUCAUUCCUCAAAAUAGAAACUAGUGAAAAACAGGAUGUCCUGCAAAAGACAACCAUUUAAUAUUUUCUAAAUAAAAUAUGCUUCAAUGAUAUUUUUAUCCAAAUGUACUGGGGCCCUUCAAACUACGUGUUUGAUUUUUGCAUUCUGAUUGUUUUCACUGCAUCGUGCGUCUAGAUUUGAUUUGAUUUUCAUUUAGAGGUGAAAAAAUCUCACCGAUUGCAAGAGAAGGAAAAUUUCACAAGCAUUGCGAUUGGUGGAAAACUGCGUGUUCCAUCUCCAUCAGUAAAUUUAAGUUUCUUUUUUGUUUCGCAUUGUCUACGACCUACGAGAUGCUUUUUCAUUUGCCUUUUUCAGCUUCUUCUCGUUUGUCUACCCUACAAGAUUCCUGUUUAGUUAAGGACGUGACCAUCGUUUUAUGGUGAACAAGUGCCGUUCUUACGCCUACCUGCUACCGUCGUAACUAAAAUUUCAUAAUUGUAA